UGCUGUAAACAGGGAUUCUGACUCAUGUAACAUACAAGCUCCAAGUUAUUGAGCUUAAAUUGCUUUUUUUCUGCUGUAACUAUACAAAGAUUAAGCUAAAGUUAAGUAUGCUUUAACCUUUUCAGCAUGCUUCUGCUAUUUUAGUGGAUUUAAUUGUUUAGAAAAGACAUUCAAGUGUUCAAUGUGAUAAACUCUUGGAAAUGAAUAUGCUCUUUCAAUGAUGGGAAGCUAUUCCAUUGUUAUCUCUCUCUUGAUAAUAAAAAUCUUACAAGUUGGUCAAAAAAGAGACUGCAAAAUUUUACCCGUGGGCUUGCAAUAGACUAUCUGUUCCUCGGUUAUACCUUAUAACUAUCAUUUUCUGGAAUGUUGUCAUUACAAUUCUACUACCUGGUUUUGUUGUUUAACUUGUUUACUUAUUUUUGUUGCUGGAUCCUAACUUUGAUUUAUGGUCAUGAUGCUAAACCAGGAAAAUAUGAAGGCUGGCAAAGUUCACUCCAAAAUUAACUGUCAAUAUCUCAUUCCUGACAGCAAACAGCUCUCCAUGAAGCUCUAUUCUAUUCCAAUGGCUCCUUUCCUUUUUGUCAUAGUUAUUCUUUUUCCUCUGGCUAUUGCUGACCUGAAUUCAGAUAAGCAAGCCCUUCUUGAUUUUGCUAACGCUGUCCCCCACCGUCGGAACCUGAUGUGGAAUCGAUCCACCUCAAUCUGUACAUCUUGGACAGGCAUCACAUGCAAUGAAAAUGGAACUCGUGUUGUUUAUGUCCGGCUCCCUGGAGUCGGACUAGUAGGCUCCAUCCCAUCCAAUACACUUGGCAAGCUUGAUGCCGUGAAAAUUAUUAGCCUUCGCUCAAACCGACUCAGAGGAAAUCUUCCUGCUGACAUUGCUUCUCUUCCUUCUCUCCAAUAUCUCUACCUCCAGCAUAAUAACCUUUCUGGUGAUAUACCUGCCUCAUUGUCUCCAGAACUCGUUGUACUCGAUUUGUCAUAUAAUUCCUUCACUGGUGGCAUUCCAAAGACAUUUCAAAAUUUUUCAGAAUUAACUAGUUUGAAUCUCCAGAACAACUCCCUAUCUGGACAGAUACCUAAUCUCAAUGUCAGUAACCUCAGGCUUUUGAAUUUAAGCUACAACCAUUUGAAUGGCUCUAUUCCCAAAGCUCUUCAGAUUUUUCCGAAUUCUUCCUUUGAAGGAAACUCUCUUCUAUGUGGACCACCUCUAAAGCCAUGCUCUGUGGUUCCCCCUACACCUUCUCCAGCUGUGACUCCAGCUCCAUCAUCACCUCCUGGAAGCUCAAAAAGCAAGUUGAGUAAGGUAGCUAUCAUUGCAAUUGCUGUUGGAGGAGCUGUGGUGCUAUUCUUUUUAGCUCUUGUUAUUGUUGUUUGCUGUUUAAAGAAGGAAGAUGACAGUGGCUCAAAUGUAGUAAAAGGGAAGGGUCCUAGUGGUGGUAGGGGUGAGAAGCCAAAAGAAGAGUUUGGGAGUGGGGUACAAGAACCUGAGAAGAACAAGUUGGUUUUCUUUGAGGGUAGUUCUUAUAAUUUUGAUCUUGAGGAUUUGUUGAGGGCUUCAGCUGAAGUUCUGGGAAAGGGUAGUUAUGGUACAGCAUAUAAGGCUAUAUUGGAGGAGUCAAUGACUGUUGUGGUGAAAAGAUUGAAAGAAGUUGUGGUAGGCAAGAAGGACUUUGAACAGCAGAUGGAGAUUAUAGGAAGAGUUGGACAACACCCAAAUGCCGUGCCACUUCGUGCUUACUAUUACUCAAAAGAUGAAAAGCUUUUGGUAUAUGACUAUGUCCAAGGUGGCAAUCUAUACACGCUCUUGCAUGGUAGCAGGACAGGUGGAAGAACUCCAUUUGAUUGGGACUCUCGAAUUAAAAUAUCCCUUGGAACUGCCAAAGGACUAGCCCACAUUCAUUCUGUUGGUGGUCCAAAGUUCACACAUGGAAAUAUAAAGUCCUCAAAUGUCCUCAUCAACCAAGAUAAUGAUGGCUGCAUCUCUGACUUUGGCCUGACCCCUCUCAUGAAUGUACCAGCAACCCCUUCUAGAGCUGCAGGUUAUCGUGCUCCUGAGGUCAUUGAAACGCGUAAACACUCUCAUAAAUCCGAUGUGUACAGCUUUGGUGUCCUCCUUCUUGAGAUGCUCACAGGGAAGGCUCCUCUUCAAUCUCCAGGACGCGAUGAUAUGGUUGAUCUCCCAAGGUGGGUUCAGUCUGUUGUUAGGGAAGAGUGGACAGCUGAAGUUUUUGAUGUGGAGCUAAUGAGGUACCAAAACAUUGAAGAAGAAAUGGUGCAAAUGUUGCAAAUUGCCAUGGCCUGCGUGGCAAAGAUGCCAGAUAUGAGACCUAGCAUGGAUGAAGUAGUGCGAAUGAUCGAAGAGAUUCGGCAAUCCGACUUGGAGAACCGACCAUCUUCUGAAGAGAAUAAAUCUAAGGACUCAAAUGUUCAGACUCCAUAGAUUAACUAGCAUUUUGCUUAACCAGGAAGCAACAAUAAAUGGUAUAUAAUGGUGCAUUCUUAGUCGAGUUUUCUCAAGCUGUAUUCAAACCUUUCUUUCCAAUUGUUUAAUAUCUCUCAUAGAUGUUGUUCCAUGAGUUAUUUUCUCCUAUAGGUAGAUUGCUUUUAUGAAUUCUUAUGUAUUAACAACAUGAUUCAAUUAAUGAUCUUCAUUCAAGCUCAUUUUGUCCCGUGAAAUUGUUUUUGUGCUAUUUUUAACACCAUAUGCGUAUUAUUUCACCUUAUGAAUAAUGUUACCUUGAGUCAUGUUCAAAUAUUUUGUGUUAUACAGGUUUUGACUCGUGAAGCGCUCUCAUUUCAUCGUGAGUCAGCGUGUUGAGUUAAAAGAAUGAGUUGAAUGUGAGCUGUUUACAAGUGCAUGAUCUCAUUUUCACCCAGUAUUCUAACUUAAUUUGUAAAUUUUCUUUAUGAUAUAAUCUCUCCAAAGGUUUGUGUUAAAACAAAAUCAAAGCACCUAUCUAAACGAAAUGAUGCUUUCAAUAUGUAUUUAAGUCAUUUUUAAUAUGCAAGAUUUUAAGUAAUGAUAAAAAAAAAAAAAAAUCUAAUGAAAGAUUCUAAUAUGUAUUUAAGUCCUCAAAUGAUAAAACUUUUUUUGGUCUUUUAUCUUAUUUUUUGGCUUAAAGGUUUUUUUUUUGCUUUAACCCAACCCUAAUGUCAUAUUAAAAUAUAAAUGUGGAUUUGUUUUAAGAUAGUGAGUGACUUAUUUAUUUAAAAUGUUAAAAUUCGUGGGUUUUUUUUUUUUAACUAAUUAUUGAUCUUAUUAUCUAACAAAUUCUCCUUUUAUCCUCCUGUAUGAUUCUCGAAGUUAGGUGCCUCUAAUCAUAUUAUGGAUACUUUGUCAAUCUUGAAUUGCCAGGUUACCACCGAUGAGUUCAUGGUUGCAAAACUUAAGGGUCUUCCAUUUACACAAAUAGAUUCCACUACCAUUCUUACUUCCUUUUACCCUCUUCACCUUUCUUCUGCUUUUAAUAUCCCAUGUUUACUUAAAAUCUUAUAUUCUUUCUCUCAACUUUUGUUAAAUUCUUUACUUGACAUUUUGAGGUAAAGACUUUGAACAAAAUCAUUUAUUUCAAUACUUUCCUAUUGAAGGACUUUGUCUUUUUUUAUGUACAAUAAGCAUUAGAAAAGGUUUGGCAUUUCUAAUGGCCAGCCAACUCUAUCAAAUCAUUUAUCCACACAAAGGUUAAUUACUUAAAGACAGUUUCUUAGAAUAAAAACAUAAAACUUGGUAGAUGUUGCAACCACUUCGAUAAUUUCUCCACCGUAAAAGAUAUCCUUUGUGCACAAUGUAACAAUGUAACUAUGAUUUUCUAUUUAAAGUUCUGUUUAAGAAGAUUGUCUAUUUAAAGUCUGUUCAAAUAGCAUUUUGCUUUGUAAUAUACUAUUAGUUAAAUAUUUACAUUACACUAUAAAUAUAUUAUAUCUGAAAUAGUAAGUAUAUAUUCACAGAUAAAUGUCAACUAUAUGACUUGGCGAAACUACAUGCCCCUUUAAGACCAUUCUUGUCUCCAUAUAUAUAUCCGCCAACCUUGAUUUACCAUAUAUAGAUUUGUGCAUUUGUGGUGAAAAAAACACUAAACCCUUGAAGUUAAAGAAAACCAUCAUACAAAUAACCUAUCUUUUAGCAAGGUUAAUUAUGUUAAACUAAUUAACAUUAGGCAUAGGUGUGUUCCCCUUGAAGGUGGUCAAUAUAUGGAGGAGCAACCACAAAGCAAGUCGGCGUUGGUGAAGAAUCUGUCCACCGGCAGUUUCCGGAAUCCGAGCCGCCGCGUGGCCUUAGAAAUGCCCACCCACCACCGCACUUGCUCUAGCCCUAGCGACAUCAAUUCCUCCAUUGACCACCUUGACAAGAGACGUUGCCAUCCAUGUUGUUUUGGAUGUUGUGCAUGGACAUGUGUUGUUGUGUUCGUCUUAAUCAUUGCUUUUCUCUUUGUUGGAAUCGCCUAUGUGGGUUUCCUCAAAUCAGGAAUGCCAGAAGUUAACGUGAGAAUGUUCAACAUAACCAAGUUACAAGUUGAUAAUAACACACAAAAGAUGGAUGCAAUUAUAAACCUAGUACUAAAGGUUUCUAACAAGAAUGAGAAGCUUAAGCUUUUUUAUAGCCCUCUUUCUGUUGAUGUCGCAAGUGAUGAUGUGCCAUUGGGAAAGACCAAAGUCCAUGGAUUUUCUCAAAUGCCUAUGAAUGACACCAAUUUGAAUAUGACUAUGGUAUUGGAAAAUGCUGAUGUUAACACGUAUGCUGUGGAUGAUUUGAAAUCAGACAUCAAAGCCUAUGAGAUGGUGUUUGAUGUGUAUGUCAAUGGGAAAAUUGGUUUUCAGGUUGGAAGUUGGCAUAUGAGUAAAGUCCCAUUUCUAGUAUCUUGUCAUCAAAUCAAGCGCAUGGAUGUGGAUUUUGGAAGAAGGCCUCCAUGUAAUGUUAAGAUGUUUGCUAUCAGGUAAAAUUAACUAGAUAUAUAUUGCUAAUGUUAUGCCAUUUUGGAUUGCAUAAAUUUUGGUGAUUAAUUGAUAGACAUUUGUUUGAAUUUGAGAGAUUUGUAUAUCUAGUUUGAUGAAACUUGAAACUUGAGCAAGGAAUAAGGUUGGCCAGGGUCUGAUUUUCAGGUAGAGAUAUGUUCAAAUUGUGGUUGACUCCCAGUGCAACCAAAAGAGAAAAAAAAACAAAGGCAUGCAUAACAGAAAAUGAAAUUAUACAUAUGAGGGUGUUUC